UCCACUUUCUUAUUCUAAAAUGGAUUAAAUAAAAAAAAAUCAAUCUAUAUACAAUAAAAUUCAUACAUUUUUGCGAAAAUAAUGAAAACCUUAUUUACAAUGGCACUGUUAAGAUUCUAUGUGACUUAUGUUAUACAGGGAAAUUAGCAGAAAUUAUUAAUAUAUCUCACACAAUGUUAGUUGUUAGUUAACCCAGAUGAAUUGCUCGCUAAACUCUAGUUAAAUAGUCGUCUCGUUUAUAACUCAAAUUGUUCUUUUGCACGUUGCACAAUUCUUGCACUAUGACAAAGUCCCCCUUGUUUUGUUUCCACAAGCGUUCAGAUUCRGAACAUUGUCUUCUGAGACGUCUCUUCUCCUGUAUCCAGGUUGGGUGUUAUGGCACACAAAAUGACAUAUGGACAACCAGUAUUCAGYGGAGGUGUGAAAACUGUAAAGGCUAAAGUGGAUUUGAUCAAAGCGUUGAACACAAUGCAGGUGGAAGAUGCAACAGAUAUUGACUGGGAAGAAAUUGCUCACACAAUUGGGGGUGUGACUCCUUGCUACGUGCAGAUGCACUACCACAAGCUGAAAGUAUCCAAAGUGCCGUUGAGACAGAGCAUGUCUUUCUGUGAGAUCAUUGAUGUUCCUGUACAGUAGUGUUCUGCCCAAGUUUGAAGAGCUCCUCCGAACAGUCAGACUGAGUCAGGGGAGACCGAGUCCAGAGAUC